AACAUUCAAAAACUUGAUAAAGAUGUUGCAGUUGUGCUCAGAUCUCAUGUUGUUAUCAGCUCUUUAACUGAUGCUCUACGAGAAGUGAUUCAAAACAGCUUUGACGCGGGCGCUAGAAAUAUUGAAGUGGUUAUUGAUAUACAAGCGCUUUCUUUCACUGUUAAAGACGAUGGUGUGGGCAUGUCUCCAGACGACCUUUCUGAAGUUGGUUCAUUGAACUAUACUUCAAAACUCAAGACAUUGGAUGAACUAAGAAAAAUUACCACGUUUGGGUUUAGAGGCCAAGCUCUUCAUUCCAUUGGUUCAAUGUCAACAAUGGUUAUUUUAUCAAAGACUUUGGAUUAUGAAUCAAGUUUCUAUACAUCUAUUGGUAACUCAAAGAGGUUGUUUCAACCAAAGCUCAUAGAAGAAGAUUCUAUGCUUUUCACUGAACAGCCGAAAAAGCAUGGUACACUAAUCAUGGUCAACAACCUAUUUUCCAAUGUACCAGUUAGAAAAACACAGGCAAAGAAAGAAGGAGAUUACAAAGUCCUUCAAGAAAUUAGAGAUGUCAUAUCACAAUGUACUUUCACCAACCAGGAGACAACAAUUACCGCAUAUAAGGCCACCAACAAAUCUAAAGAGCUUAUAUGUAAAGUUGAUGGGAGUUGCACUGACUCUUUACACACCAAUAUCAUAAGGAAAAUCAGUACUAUAUAUGGAAUAUCAUUGAAGAAUCAUCACCAAUUGUUGCAUGCAAGUUAUCUUGAUUAUAAAGUGACUGGGGUUAUAGGUAAAAUACCAGUACAAUCAAAAGCUUAUCAAUUUAUGAUUUGGGACAACAGAGUCUUGAAGAGUCCUGAUUUGUUUAAAGAGAUAAAUAGGUUGUUUACCAAUGCAGGGUUUGGAUCACAGCCUGAUAUAUUGAUUCCUUCAAUCAGUGUGGGUUCACCCUAUUCAAGGUAUCCAGUUUUUGUGGUGAUUAUUUCGGGACCAGUGUCUAUAUCUGAUAUCAUCCAAAACCCUUCCAAAGAUAUUGAAUCUUCUAAAUAUCUUGAUAUUGUUACACCUUUGGUGCUUAAAAUUAUGAAAAGCUUUUUGAAGACCAAUGAUUAUAAUGUUGCAAAAAUUUCAAAUCCAAAACUUCAGCAAAACACAAAUACCGAUCUUCACCAAGAUAAAAGACAGAGGAUUUCCAAUGAAACGUAUAGCAGUUCUGAAAUUGGGCUAGUUUUGAACUCUAAACUCAAGAUGGGCAAAUUAAAUCAAAAAGAAAUAUCAGGAAUGCUUCAAACAACAAAUGGUGAAUCAUCUCACAAUAAAAUGGUAUUACCUUCAACGUUGAACAAGCUACUCAAAUCAAACAAACAAACACAGCAGCUGGAACAUAGCUGUCAUAAUCAUAAAGGGUAUGAUUUCGAAGCUGAAAGCAACAGGCUGCAACUGGUACAGGAAGUGAAUAUUUCGAGAGAUUCAUUGGAAAGCUGCUGUGAAGUUGUUUCCCAAGUGGAUACCAAAUUCAUUCUUGUGAAGAUGAACAAACCAAGGUCAAGACUUUUUAUAAUAGAUCAACACGCCUGUGAUGAAAGAAUAAAAGUUGAACGUUAUUUGAAAGAAUUCAUUGAAGCAGCACAAGACCCUUUCCAUGAUCUCUCUAUAAAGCUAGGUGAAAACCAAUUUGAUCUUAAAUUCAAUAACUUGGAAACCGAGUUACUUCACCAAUAUAAAGCACAGUUGAAUACUUGGGGUAUUAGAUAUGUUUUGAAUACUGAAAACGUUGCCACAAUAACACACCUUCCUGAUUUACUUAUCCCCAAGCUUGAUUCCGAUCUAGCAUUCUUGAAAAAAUGCUUAGCACAGCACCUAUAUGAUCUUCACAACAAAUCAAAGUUAAAAAGUCUUUCAAAAGAUUGGUGGUCCUCUUUGCAAGCUGUUCCAACUAUUUUGAUAGAUCUCAUUAACAGCAAAGCUUGUAGAUCAGCAAUCAUGUUUGGGAAAAAACUAACAGUUAAUGAAUGUGAGCAGAUGAUCAAAGAACUUUCAAAGUGCAAAUCACCAUUUCAAUGUGCUCACGGAAGACCUUCAAUUAUUCCUAUAUGUGAACUAUCCAGCUUCGAUAAAUGAAUUUUGGACUCGACCGUUGAUGUAGUGU